AUGGAGCACUUCGACCUCCACUCGGCCCGCCACAACAGACACGGUGGGACGCUCGACCUCGGCUCCGCGCGGCGCGCGUACCGGCCCGUCUCUCAGCUCGAGCCAGAGUACGUCGCCUGGUCCGCCGACGGCUCGAAGGUCUUCGUCAACCUGCAGGAGAAUGCCGCCAUCGUGACGGUCGACGUUGCGACCGCCACCGCCGAGCGCAUCUCGCCGCUGGGCUUGACGGACUGGUCUGCGGCAGGAGGCACGGACGGCAUCGACAUCGUCGACGACGGCGCCUGCAGGCUGCAGCACUACGAGGGCCUGUUCUCGAUCAACUCGGCAGACACGAUCGGCAGCUUUGAGGUGGACGGCGAGGUGUAUGUGAUGGCGGCCAUGGAAGGGGACCGCGUCCGGUACGGCGACUUCAAGGAGGACCAAAAGCUGCGGAGCGUCGUGGCCUCCAACGCCUCCUUCGGCAAGAACUUUGCGGCCUUCCGCGCGCCCGACGGCGCGCUGCAGCAGGGGUGCGCCGCCUUCCCGUGGGCGCACAACGGCGAGCAAGACGAGGAGUACGCGGCGGUGCACGGCGUGCUGUACAACGCCACCUCCGACGAGGGCCUCAAGGAGGACAUCGAGGACAAGAGCAACCCCAAGAAGGAGGGCUGCGAUGACGGCGGCGACGGGAGGCCGGGCGCGUGUCCGCUCGGCGAGACGGUGGACCGCCGCUCGACCAAGGACGGCGCCUCGGCGGAGGCGCUCGCGUUGGGCGUGGCGUGCGGCCGGAUGAUCGCAGUCACGGCGACGGAGAAGGGCGGCAUCGCGUUUGUCUUUGACGUCUCCGACCCGGGCUCGCCCGCGUUCGGACACGCCAACCCGACCGUGGCGUACGCCUAUGGCUACCUCGGCGACAUCGACUCGGAGACCAUCCUUUUCCUCGACGCGUCGCACUCGCCGACGGGCGCCGCCGCGGUCAUGUUUGCGGGCGCGUGGUCGGGAACCAUCUCCCUGUACGACCUCCGCAUGGCAGACGGCUCCCGCUGCACGUCGCUCGUCGGGCCGACGGCGCAGGGCGACGCGCGCGGCGACGGAUCGCUCGGCGCGGUUGGCAAGCCCAGUCCGCAUCCCUCGCCGACCGCGGCGCCAGUGCCGGCGCCCCCGGUGGUGGCAGCGCCGCCGACAAGCUCGCCUGGCAUAGAAGCGCCGUUUGCCUUUGGCGCCGCUGCAGUCGUCCUUCUGGUCUGUGCCGCGUACGGUUGCGGCACUUUCCUCGGGCUCGGGUGCCUGCCCCAGAGUCGGGCGUGGACGAGGAUGGAGGAGCCCGUCCGCCCAGAGAUUCUCCAGCCCGCCAAGUGA